UUGAUCCAGAAGACCUGGCGGUACUGCGGCUUGAUGCCGAUGGUCUCGGCUUUGAUGGCGAGGAGGUCUUCCUUGUUGCUCGCAUUCAUAAUGCCCAUCAUGAAGAACAGGAUCUGGACAGCCAGGACGGACUUGCCCAUGCCACCCAUGCCGGAGAUGACGGCGCGACCAGUCAGGGUGAGCUGCUUGAGCAGGGUGUCGAGGUGGGCGGGAUCGAAUCGGAACUUGGAGUCGCAAAAGUAUUUGCGAUAGAUGGUCGUAAUGAGAUCCAUGUUGGGUGGGAUGGGAUGGAUGAGGUUGAG